AUGAACCUAAAAGGAUCAGAAAAUAUACAAAUAAAGGGUACUAGAGCGAUUUCAAGGGAAGUGAUGCCAAAAAUGUCUCCAUUUGAUGCGACAAGCGAGGCAGAUUCGGGGCGAAAAGGCUUGCGAAAUUCAUCUUCCCCACAGUUACCAGACGAACUCUGGGUGGCGGUGUUUGAGUUCCUGGAUAUUCCAGACCUAUAUAAUUGCUCAAAGGUUGACCAUAGAUUUCGGCGUCUAGCUCAGGAUCCACAGCUCCAUCAUCGUAGGUUAACACAGACUGCGAAAUGGCUGGAACGUGCUUAUCCGCUUCGGCCUUCCUGCAAAGACUUAUAUGAUCGAAACAUUCUUCUCUCACGGGUCCAACUGGCUCCUAGUCCAUGCCAAAAGCACAUUUUGGCAAGCACAAGGUUGGCGAGAAUAUUCGUAAAAGAUUCAUUACGUCGAGGUUUAAGUAGACGCCCCACGCGUAAGGAGCUUAUUGAUAGGGGUGUUAUGAAGCAUGGUGGUAGCAUUUUUGCAGACAAAAUAGGAUCUCUUGAACGGCAGCGGGUAGUUGAUAUCAUUAGAGGAUUCUUUAGUGACUCGCAGCGGCCGUCACUAGAGGCUGCUAUUAGACGUGGAGUAGUGAGCCCUCCAGAUCAGGAAAAUAAACCAGUUCGAGUGUUGACACGAAUAUUCUCAUACUGCUUCAGGGAAUCUUCUGAAUCUCCUAGAUCGUCUCAUGCGACUCGAAUGCUAAUAGAUCCGCCAACACGAGCGAAUGUACAUCGCAUGACUGAAUGGUUUGAGGAACUGGCACGCAACGAACGAUCGUCUUUUAGAUUCGGAACACAACCUAGCCAAACAUCCUCUUCAUUUGGACCUUACGCAUUUUCCACAGUUGCUACAACUUUGUCAUCACCCUCUCCUGUGCAUCAAAUAUCGGGUAUUAGCUACGAUGGAGUUUCUGCAAUACGGCAGAGAUUCCUUGCUAUCUCAUAG